GUGCUCAGAGGCUGAUCACGUGACCACGUGGCUCCGCAGCGUGUGCGCGAUGUUUAUCCUCCGGCUGCUGAGGGGAUGUCACGCUGUGCGGAGGGUCAAUUUGGCCUGCGGUAGCUCUCGGUAUAACGUGGUGUCGUUGCUCAGUCGUGAACGGCUUUGUACCCCCGGGCUCCGCACGUUAUGGAGCAGCACACCAUGCAGGAAGGGUCGGACCACGGGCCACUGGGAUGGGGGGGAUAACGGGGACUGGAGCUCCGGCGAGGAGGAUGAAGAAGACGACGAGAAUGUGGAGGAACUUUUAGUGUCUCGGACGCCCAACCUCUAUGGAGCACAGAAGAUUGUCAUUGUACAUCCAGACGUUAAAUGGGGGGAUAAGAGGCAGCGUGACACCACUGCUGAACUUUUGGUUGCUGAAGCAGUCGCUCUAAUACACAGUAUCCCUAACUGGAUAGUUGUGGAUAAGCUAAUCAUGUCUACAAAAUCACCUGAUCAUAAAUACGUUUUUGGCAAAGGGAACUUUCAGACUCUUACAGAAAAGAUUAAAGCAAUUCCUCAGGCCACUGCAGUUUUUUUGAAUAUUGAAAGAAUAUCUCCUUUGAGUGAGAAUGAACUGGAGGCAGCAUGGGGAGUGAAAGUUUUUGACAGAUACACAGUGGUCCUUAAUAUUUUCAGAUACAAUGCUCGCACAAGAGAAGCUAAGCUGCAGAUUGCACUGGCUGAACUUCCACUACUAAGAUCUCUACUAAGAAAUGAAAUGGCUCACUUGGACCAGCAAAGUGGAGGUUCAAGAUAUGUAAUGGGGUCAGGUGAAACAUUAAUGGAGAUCCAGCAGAGACUGCUAAAGGAGAGAGAGCUAAAGCUUAAGAAGGCUUUGGAGAAGCUACGGAAGAAGAGAAAGCUUCUUAGGACACAGCGCAAACGGCGGGAGUUUCCAGUCAUCUCUGUAAUGGGUUAUACCAACUCUGGAAAAACGACCCUGAUAAAGGCACUCACUGGUGAUGCAAACCUUCAGCCACGUGAUCAGCUUUUUGCCACACUUGAUGUCACUGCCCACGGUGGAUUGCUUCCUUGUCGUAUGCCAGUUAUAUAUGUUGAUACCAUUGGCUUUCUUUCUCAGCUGCCUCACAAUUUAAUAGAGUCUUUUUCUGCCACAUUAGAGGAUGUCAUCCAUUCGGAUUUAUUAAUUCAUGUGAGAGACAUAAGCCACCCUGAAGCUAUCAAUCAGAAGAAGAGUGUGCUGAACGUGCUCUCCAACUUGAAUGUUCCCCAGAAGCUCCUUGAUACAAUGAUUGAGGUGCACAAUAAAAUUGACUUAGUUGAGGAACACGACACUAAGGAUGCAGCUAUUCCUGUAUCUGCCCUAAUUGGAUAUGGCUUGGAAGACCUCAAACAACGUAUAGAGACUGAGGUGAUGGAAAGCACGGGGAGGAUAGUUGCUACAAUUAGAGUAAAUCUGGAAAGUGCUCAGUUAAGUUGGCUUUACAAGGAGGCUUCUGUACAGGAAGUGAAAGUAUUACCAGAAGAUGGCGCAGCUGAUGUGCUUGUCAUAAUAACCAGUGCUGCUUAUGGAAAAUACACUAAACUGUUUUGUAAAUGAACACUUGAACUAGUUUUAAUAACUCAGAACUUGAAGUGCACUUUUGGAUAUUUUCUUGCUGUUACAAAAUGUUGUGGACUCAGAAUGUGAAGUACAAUUUUAAGUGUUUUAAUUGCUAUUUCAAAAUGUUUUGGACAAAGGAGAAUAUCUGUGUAAAG